CCUAAAAAAAUCGCUUCCUUCCGGAGAGGCGGCGGCGGCGGCCGCUCUCGCCUGCCCGGCGCGGCGGGGCGGGCGGCGGCGCCCUCCGGGGUGAGGCGCUCGGCAGCCGCGGAGCAGCGCGGGGGCCGCGGCCGCCGUGCGGAGGAGGCAGAGCGGUGGGAGGGGCGGGGAGGGACCAGCCGCGGCCGUGACAAGGUGCCAGCGGCGCGGCGCGGAGCGGAGCGGCGGCCGCCAGCGCUGCCUCGCUGCCGCCGCCGGCGAGAAGUUUGUGCGGGCGCGGCGCGGCCCGCGGCGGCGCUCGGAGGGAGGCGGCGGACGCGGAGCGGAGCGGAGCGCAGCGGGACGGGGGUCGUCGGCGGGGCCGGGGCCGGGGCCGGGGCCGGGGCCGCCCCGCCCGCGCCAUGGCAGCGCGGUCCCGGCGGCCGUGGCUGAGCGUGGUGCUGGGGCUGGUGCUGGGCUUCACCGCCGCCUCCUGGCUCAUCGCCCCCCGGGUGGCCGAGAUGAGCGGGAGGAGGCGGCGCGGCUCCAGCCUCUGCGCCUACUACGGCCGCGCGGCGGCGGCCGGGGGCGCCCCGGCGGCGGGCGGGCAGGAGGCGGCGGCGCCGGGCGGCACCAGCGCCCGGAGCGGCCCCUGGGAGCUGCCGGGCGACGAGGGCACCGUGUCCAGCCCGGCGGGCGGCGAGGGCGAGCCGGAGGAGGAGGAGGAGGGCGGCGAGAAGCGCGGCGGGCGGCCCGGCGGCGGCGGCGGCGGCGGCCGCAACGGGAGCGGCGGCUGGGGGGCCGCGGCGGGCUGCGCCGGGCCGCGCAACUUCCUCUACGUGGGGGUGAUGACGGCCCAGAAGUACCUGGGCAGCCGGGCCGUGGCGGCGCAGCGGACGUGGGCGCCCUCGGUGCCGGGCCGCGUCGAGUUCUUCUCCAGCCAGGGCUCGGCCGCGCCGCCGGGGCCGCCGCCGCUGCCCGUCGUGGCGCUGCCCGGCGUGGACGACUCGUACCCGCCGCAGAAGAAGUCCUUCAUGAUGAUCAAGUACAUGCACGACCACUACCUGGACAAGUACGAGUGGUUCAUGAGGGCCGACGACGACGUCUACAUCAAAGGUGAAAAAUUGGAGGAGUUUCUUCGCUCGCUAAACAGCAGCAAACCUCUGUACUUGGGGCAGACCGGUCUGGGGAAUAUCGAGGAACUUGGCAAACUCGGGCUGGAGCCCGGGGAGAACUUCUGCAUGGGAGGGCCGGGCAUGAUCUUCAGCCGGGAGGUGCUCCGCAGGAUGGUGCCGCACAUCGGCGAGUGCCUGCGGGAGAUGUACACCACCCACGAGGACGUGGAGGUGGGCCGGUGUGUCCGCAGGUUCGGGGGAACCCAGUGCGUUUGGUCCUACGAGAUGCAGCAGUUGUUCCAUGAAAAUUAUGAACACAACCGGAAGGGUUACAUUCAAGAUCUUCACAACAGCAAAAUCCAUACGGCCAUAACGCUUCAUCCAAACAAAAGACCAGCCUACCAAUACAGGCUGCACAAUUACAUCCUGAGCCGCAAAAUUUCGGAGCUGCGCUAUCGGACCAUUCAGCUCCACAGGGAAAGUGCCCUGAUGAGCAAGCUCAGUAACAGCGAAAUAAAUAAGGAAGACCAACAACUAGGAGUGAUGCCAUCUUUCAAUCGGUUCCAGCCGCGCGAAAGGGCUGAAGUCAUCGAAUGGGAGUUCCUGACGGGAAAACUUCUCUACUCGAUGGCGGAGAACCAGCCGCCCCGGCAGAGCCUGAGCAGCGUCUUGCGGGCCGCGCUGGAUGACACAGUCAUGCAAGUCAUGGAAAUGAUAAACGAGAACUCUAAGUCUAGAGGAAGGCUCAUUGAUUUCAAGGAAAUACAGUAUGGCUACCGCAGGGUGGACCCUAUGCAUGGAGUGGAGUACAUCCUGGAUUUACUGCUUUUGUACAAGAGGCACAAAGGAAGAAAAGUUACGGUUCCAGUGAGACGUCACGCUUACCUUCAGCAGUUGUUCAGCAAACCUUUCUUCAGAGAAGCAGAGGAGCUCGAUGUAAGAAGUCUAGUGGAGGACACUAACACUGACACUCAAUCUUUUUCUUUUCUUUCAAAUUCUUUAAAGAUUUUUUCAUCGUUCCAAGGCACCAAAGACAUUGUGGGACAUAGUGACAAGAAAAUACAUAUUCUUGUCCCUCUCACAGGACGAUACGAUAUUUUUGCAAGAUUUAUGGAUAACUUUGAGAAGACUUGCCUGAUUCCCAGGCAGAAUGUAAAGCUGGCAAUAAUUCUCUUUGGUUCGGAGUCUAGCCAGGACUCCAGCAAACACAUAGAGCUGAUGAAAGAAUAUAGCGACAAGUAUCCCAAGGCAGAUAUGACCCUGAUUCCUAUGGCAGGAGAAUUUUCUAGAGGUUUAGGUCUUGAAAUGGCCUCAUCUCGGUUUGACAAUGACACUUUGCUGCUAUUCUGUGACGUCGAUCUGAUAUUCACACCAGACUUUCUCCAACGAUGUAGAGAUAACACUAUUCAGGGAGAACAGGUUUACUAUCCUAUCAUCUUUAGCCAAUAUGAUCCAAAAGUAAUAUAUGGAGGCAACCCUCCAGCUGACAGUAAUUUUGUUUUCACAAAAAGAACUGGAUUUUGGAGAGAGUAUGGAUUUGGAAUUACUUGUAUUUACAAAAGUGAUCUGCUGACUGCUGGUGGAUUUGAUACCUCAAUUCAAGGCUGGGGACUUGAGGACGUAGACCUCUUUACUAAAGUGAUAACAUCUGGUUUGAAGGCUUUUAGAAGUCAAGAAGUAGGAGUUGUACAUAUUUUUCAUCCAGUUCAGUGUGACCCCAAUUUAGAUCCAAAACAAUAUAAAAUGUGCUUAGGGUCCAAAGCAAGUACAUUUGCCUCUACCAUGCAGCUUGCUGAACUCUGGCUAGAGAAACAUUUGGGAGUCCGGUACAAUCGAACUCUCUCCUGACAUCCCAGCCCAUUUUGCCUUUUUAGGGGAGUUUACCUCAUUAUUGUUCUUAUUAUUUUAUUUUGCUGUCAUAUUUUUAAACUCCCUCCUCGUUGUCUUCCAAAGACUGUUGACCUCAAACAGGACGAGUCUGCUGUUCACUGAUGUUUCUUAUUUCUACUGAACUGGUUAGGUGACAUCUUUCAUGUUUCUUUUGUUUGAAAUUCAGUUAAGUCAUGGCAAUCGUGAUCCCAUGGAGCACAUCCCUCACGAGAGGCUGCGUCAGAAGAAUGUUCUCUUUGGGCUUUAGGAUGCAAUAUCAUCUUUGUUGUGUUUCUCAGACUUGAUGCGAUACAAAUAUUUACUGGUGAAGGUACCACAAAAGUGCUUUAUGCUUCCUCUGGGGAAGGAACUCUGUAACAUAAACUUGAGUUUUAUAAUUUAUAUGAGGACUUAAAUAUAUAAACACUACUUUUCUUCAUCUUUAGAAUUUUUAAAGUAAAUGAAUAACUAUGAUUGUACCUUUAUUUUUUAAAAAAAAGAAAAACUGAGGAGUCGCUUGCAAAUGCAACUGGUACUGGCUACCAAGGUCCUUAAAUGUCUUAUUAUAGUAUCGAGCUCCUCAUUGUUGUUCACUCUAAGUGUGAAUGAACUUUAUUUUCACAAGAAACAGGAUUUAAUCAAAAACUCAUGUACACUUUCGAAGCUUUGUGAACCAAUGUCCUUCAUUUGCUGGCAAGAAGAAACUAUGACAUACCAUGGUUAUUUAUAAUAAAGUGCAGGCAUACAGUAUUCUUUUUUUCAAACACCUAGUAAAAGUUGCUCUUUCUCUUUUUAGAAUGAGUCUAAUAUAUAGUUUUCUUUUACAUUCCUUUCCUAAAGCUGCACUUGAUACAGAGUGUUGAAAGUUAAAGCUGCAUCUUUUUUUACGUUGUCCAUGAAUAUUGGUACGCAGAAACUAUUUGUUGUUGAAAUUUAAAAUAACUGUAAAAUAAUUAUUUAAGUUUGAAAAUUUACUAUUGCUGGUCAAAGUUCCUUGCCAUUAUAUUUAUAUUAGUGGAGGUUGUAGGACUGUAUUAAGAUUUAUCUCUCUGGACAGCCUGAAGUUAUCAUAUUAUGGAUUUAUGGAGUAAAGUAAUUUAAAAUGAAACCAACAUAAGAAAUAAUAUCAUUUUUGUAUUUUAGAGAGAUUUUUAUAUAGGGAUAUAUAUAUAUGUUUGUGUGGGUGUGUGUAUAUAUCCCUAUAUAUUAUAUAAAUAUAUAUAUAAUCAUUUCAAAAGCUGUUCCUUUUUUCAGUUCAGGUGGAGUUUUGUUACAAUCAUUGUCAUUCUUUUUGCCACGUGCUUGGACCGUUUCAUGAUAUACUGUGGUGAGAGCUCCAGGGCGUCCAAGGAACCGUCAGAAUUCAGCCCAACUUAAACUGACGUAGUGGGUCCAUCCGGUACCUUUGAUUUCAAACUAUAGUUCAAAUUGAGCUGGGCAAAUAGAUUAAGUCACUUUGGAAUUUAAGUUUUGAUAUGCUUAAAUGCAGGUUUUGGCUGUGGCUGGCCCCUCUUGUGUUUACUUUCCAAAAACAACCAAGUGAGGGGCCUUCACUGGCACACGUAUUUGUAUGAAGAUACCCAGAUGAAGGGUACCUAAGGCACUGUGAGGGUGCGUAGGUCAGUUAAGAGCUCUUGUCUGUGGCUCUCGGUUUUGGGUUUACCAUGCGAGGAAAAAGCCAUCACUGAAAAAAAGGAGUGGGUAAACUCAGAGUUAAAAGUGCUGGCCAUAGCUGCUCUGCGGUGCCCCUGGUGUCCUGGCAUGCUAUAAUUGCACAGAGAUGGAGGCAGGAUGAUUUCAACGCCCCUCUUCCAUAGCACGUGCUUAUAUCGCUAAGAGCAGCCAUGCGCACAGGUUAAUGUGGGCAGCAAGCGCGAGCUGAGGCAGAUGCUCUAAUUAAAAGGUUAUAAUAUCUUGUGACGCCGGUGGCUCUUCUCACACCUCUGGUGUGCUUCAAAAAAAGGCUAUUCCCAUUGCCUUGGGGACGGGGGUAGUUGUGGUAGAGGAGAAUGGAUCAUGGGCGCAACAGGCGUAAUUCACAGUUAUCUGCCCUCCUCUGUUAUGUUCCUGGGGGGGCUCUUGUCUUCCUAGCCCAGUACUCUUAACUCAGAUGUUUGGCCAAAGUAAAAUGUGGUAUUACUUAUGAACAAAUUCUUGGAAACCUCUCUUUGAAUUUGCAUGAGCAUUUCUACCAGAAAAGCUCAUGUUUUGUUCAGUUAGAGAGCCAAGAACAAGGAACAUACGAUUUGUCUGAGCAGUCUCAACUAACUGGUGCAACUCAGACUGCAAAUACCAGAAAAUAAGUACCCCCGACAAAUGUUUGUGAUGAUUCCAUAAACAUGAAUAAAAAUAAUGAUUUACAAACAUAUUUGAGGAAGUCAUUAUCUCCUUGGAUAUAUUCCAGCGCUAAUUUCACUGACUUCACUUAAUGGCCAGAAAGUAUUUGUUCAGCUCAAAUUAAAAUAGUAGAAUAGAAGAAAUGAAACCAGUCGUUCAGCGGGGAUGAAGCUGUAUGCAGAGGGCUUGCAGGAUCAGGUCCUAAGUGAUAUAAACAAAAUGCUAGUAUUUACCAUUACAAAUAUUUAUUUAGUGUCUGACUGAUUCAUUUGUUUAUAUGAUGAAUUACUUUGUUAAAAGCCUGAUUAUAAGUGUUCAUUAUAAAAUAUUGCAUUGUCUUUUGAAAUAACUGUCCUGAGAUAACUUGAGAACUUGUGUUAGUUCGUUUAAGGAAUAAUAUGCCUUCUGAGGAGAUCAUAUUAAAAAAAAAGAAGCACAAAAGUGUUAAUUUUAUGGAUGUAUAGAUUAAGAUGGGAAUGUCUGUGCUAAACAACUGUUUGCUUUUGUCCAGUCUUAAUCAUAAUCUUGACUGUAAAAUGAAAUUUCUAGUGUGUAUUAUAUCCCUUUGUAUAUGCGUAGUUAAUGGCUUCACAAUACAACACAGUGACUAAUUUUUCCAAAACCUAAGCCUGGAAAUAGGCUCUCCAGUUUGAUUGCUGGGAAGUGGGAUGUGAACUGCUUGCACUUUGGCUUUUCAGACACUGCCUUUCUUUAAAAAAAAACAAAAACAAAACAAAAACAAAACCAGAAAAAAUAAAUUUUUUCUCCUAUCUUUUCCCCCA